AUGACUACAUCUGCACAACUUUAUCCAAAAGAGUAUUUUAUUGAUCAGCUGAGGUCAGAUGGAGUUGUUCAUAUUCCUCGGCGUGUUACCAAUGAAAUUACAAAUAAUACUAGAUAUGAAUUUUACACACAAGGAGGAGUCAUCUUUGCAACAAGUCGAAUCCUUGUGGUAGAUUUCCUUACUGACAGAAUUCCUGCGAACCUCAUUACCGGCAUUUUGGUGUACAAGGCGCACAGAAUUAUUGAGUCCUGUCAGGAAGCAUUUAUCUUGCGACUUUAUCGUCAGAAGAACAAGCAAGGCUUCAUUAAAGCUUUUACAGAUAAUGCGGUUGCAUUUAGCACUGGCUUUUGUCAUGUGGAAAGAGUGAUGAGAAAUCUUUUUGUCAGGAAACUUUAUCUGUGGCCAAGAUUUCAUAUAGCAGUGAACUCAUUUUUAGAGAAGCAUAAACCUGAAGUGGUGGAAAUACACGUGUCAAUGACCCCUGCUAUGCUUGCUAUCCAGACUUCAGUCCUGGACAUUCUGAACGCAUGCUUGAGAGAACUCAAACGUUAUAAUCCAGCUCUUGAAGUAGAAGAUCUAUCUUUAGAAAAUGCUAUUGGUAAAUCUUUUGACAAGACAAUACGUCACUAUUUAGAUCCUCUCUGGCAUCAACUUGGAGCUAAGACAAAAUCUUUGGUCCAGGAUUUGAAGAUACUACGUACUUUGCUGCUGUAUCUAACUCAGUAUGAUUGUGUCACUUUCCUUAAUCUUCUGGAGUCACUGAAAGCAAGUGAAAAAGCUUUUGGUGAGAAUUCAGGCUGGCUGUUUCUUGACUCCAGUACUUCAAUGUUUGUAAAUGCUCGAGCUAGAGUUUAUCGCAUUGCAGAUGAGAAACUGAAUCAGAAAGGCAAAGUCUCUGAAAAAAGUGAUGUAAAGAAGGAAAAUGAACUGAAAAGGGAAUUGGUUCUAGAAAGUAACCCAAAAUGGGAAGCUUUAAGAGAAGUACUGAAAGAGAUUGAAAAUGAAAAUAGGAACAGUGAAGACCUUGGCGGCCCAGGGCAAGUGCUUAUUUGUGCCAGUGACGACCGAGCGUGUGCACAGCUCAGGGAGUGUAUUAUUGAUGGAGCAGAAGCUUUUUUAACAAGGCUGUAUAACAAAACCUUCGGAAAGGAUGAGAAAGCUGGAGAAGCGUGGAUUAAGGACAGAAAAACCAUCAAGUCCAAAGGAAAUGCCAGACCAGACACAGGGCCUCAAGCCAAAAAAGCCAAACUCACAGCUUCUUCAAAACAAAAUAAACACAAGAAGCAGCAAGACCGGACUAUAAUCGAAAUGAUAGGGAAAACUGAAGAGGAAAAGAGAGAGGAGUUAGAGGUGGAAGAUAACAAAGAAUUAAGCAGUAGCCAAGAAAGCAGCAUUGAAGAGACCAUUCCUGAAGAUUUCGAUGUGAACUUACCCUCAGAUUGUUACUAUGGUGUUUUCAAGAACCCGCUCACCAUUAUUCAUCCAUUGCAGGGUUGCAGUGAUCCCUAUGCGCUCACUCGGGUACUGCAUGAGGUAGAACCAAGAUAUGUUGUAUUAUAUGAUGCAGAACUAACUUUUGUUCGGCAGCUGGAAAUCUACAAGGCAAGCAGGCCUGGGAAGCCUUUGAGAGUUUAUUUCCUCAUAUAUGGGGGCUCAACAGAAGAACAGCGCUAUCUCACAGCUCUGAGAAAAGAGAAGGAGGCCUUCGAAAAACUCAUUCGAGAGAAGGCCGGCAUGGUUAUUCCUGAAGAAAGAGAAGGAAGAGAUGAAACAAACUUAGACCUAGUAAGAGAUGCUAAACCUGCCUCUGCUUCUACUGACACCCGCAAAGCAGGUGGACAGGAACAGAAGGGUGUUCAGCAAACUGUAAUAGUGGAUAUGCGGGAAUUCCGUAGUGAGCUUCCAUCACUGAUUCAUCGUCGUGGUAUUGACAUUGAGCCUGUUACUUUGGAAGUUGGAGAUUAUAUUCUAACUCCUGAUAUCUGUGUAGAGCGGAAGAGUAUCAGUGAUCUGAUUGGUUCCUUAAAUAAUGGAAGACUGUACACACAAUGCAUUUCUAUGUCCCGGUACUAUAAGCGACCAAUUCUCCUGAUUGAAUUUGAUCCUAACAAACCUUUCUCCUUGAUUCCACGAGGCUCUCUACAUCAAGAGAUUUCCAGUAAUGAUGUUACUUCUAAACUAACCCUUCUUACGCUCCAUUUCCCGAAGUUACGUAUCCUGUGGUGUCCCUCUCCCCAUGCUACAGCUGAACUGUUUGAAGAGUUAAAACUAAACCAUCCCCAGCCUGACGCAGAAACAGCAAUGGCUGUCACAGCAGAUUCUGAAAUUCUUCCAGAGUCAGACAAGUAUAACCCAGGUCCUCAGGACUUUCUAUUAAAAAUGCCAGGUGUUAAUGCAAAAAACUGUCGUGCCUUAAUGAACCACGUUAAAAGCAUUGCAGAGCUAGUGACACUGUCAAAGGACGAACUCUCCAAAAUUCUGGGUAAUGCUGCCAAUGCCACACAACUCUUUGACUUUAUUCAUCUGACCUACAAAGAGGCAGUAUCUAGAGGAAAAAGCAAAAGAUAAGUAAUGAGACUGUUCAACACAGGGCAUAGAUCAUUUU